UCCACUCUCUGCAAGUCAGAAGAAAUUUCAACAGUCUGAAGAAAAGACCAGACAACGAACGAUUUUCGUGUCAGAAUCUUUUAAACAGAGCAUGGUGUUGCGUUUAUUCGAACAAAUAUGAAUUAUUCUCCAAGGGGGAAUCUGAACAUUCUGAAAGAGAUUCCCGCGAUGCCUUUUCAGAUUCUGAAGACUUAGACCACAGCUCCAUGGCUGCUAAAAGAUAUGCAAGUCGAAUAUCAUCUACGAGCUCCUGGCCCGAAUAUUUCAAGCCUUCUUUUACCCAAAAACUUACCUUUCAAUAUGUUUUAGAAGGGGAACCUGUUGUUUUUACGUGUAAAUUAAUUGCUUGUCCAACUCCAGAAAUGACUUGGUUUCAUAACAAUCGGCCCAUCCCAACAGGUCUUCGACGGGUUAUAAAAACUGAGAGUGAUUUACAUCAUCACUCUUCCAGCUUAGAGGUUAAAAGCGUCCAAAGCAGAGAUUCUGGAAGUUAUAGAUUAUUAGCAAUGAAUAGUGAAGGGUCGGCUGAAUCGACGGCAUCAUUGCUUGUUAUGCAAAAAGGGAAAGAUGAGAAAUGUUUAGAAUUUCUGAAAAGAGCAGAACAGACACAUAGAAAUACAGAGGCUUUAGCUGAAAGGAGAGAAGACAGGAUAGAGGUUGGCCUGAGGUUUACUGGCUCUCCCUUUAACAAAAAACAAGACGUAGAACAAAUAGGAAUGAUGAGGACGAUACACUUUAAGACAGUAAGUCCAGGCAGGAAAAUGGACUUUCCCUAUGAGGAGGAAUAUUUAGAAAGUAAAUCUGACAUAAGGGAAUGGCCUAGCAUAGGUGAAAGCUUCCUGGACAAGGAGACCAAAAUGAAGUUGCAACGUUUGCGGGAGGCUAGAAAAAUGUUAAUGGAGAAGAAGAAAUUAUCUGUUUCAGAUGUGUCCUCUGAAAUAAGCACAAGAACUCUGAGAAGUGAAGCUAGGGAUAAAGACCUUCUGUUCUCUAGAGAGGAGCUGGAAGCCGAAAAUAAGGAUAAAGUAGAUCAUUCGUGUGAGGGGAUUGUCCAAAAUCCACAGGUCCUUCCUGAUCAAAUGGAUCAAAAUGUAGAAUCUGGAGAACCUCCCCCAAGCUUUCAAACUACUGUUGAUGAAGAAAUCCUCCAGACUGAAAUAAGAAUGAGCCAAGAGGAGUUUCUAAGAGAAAAUCUCCAAAAAGACCAUUUAUACAGUAGGAUUCUGGUAAGCGAGGAUACCCAUGGAAGAGAUCUUGAAGAAAUUAUGACCAAAACUGAAAUUGGAAGGUCCUCUAGACAUAUCACUGUUGUAAAUAAGAACGAGGAAAUCUAUGAGACUCCUGAAGAGGUGUCCCAAGUUGUCGUACUACACACCAGUGAAGCUUUGGGUGCAGUUAUAAAUAUUGAAGAAAAUGCAGAGCUAGAUAGUGAGAAUGUAAGAAAUGACGAUUUGGGAGAAGUACAGCACUUUACUUCCACAGAAGCUGAUGAAUUUGAAACCGAUCAAGAAGGAAGGACCACAAGAUUUUUGGCAAGUUCUUUCCAAAAGCAUCCACAACGUUGCCCACCUUCAUUUCUUCAAGAAAUUGGAUCUCAAGAAGUUUAUGAAGGUGACAGUUGUAAAUUUGUGUGUCACUUUCAAGGAUAUCCUCUACCUAUAGUGACAUGGUAUAACAAUGAUAUACCAAUCCCACAUCACGGAGACUUUGUCACUCACACCUCGGAGAACUAUUCAGUAUUAACUUUUUCUUCUGUUCUUCCUCAAAAUGAAGGUUCUGUUAGCUGUGUGCUGUUUAACCAAUAUGGAACAGUAAAAACAACUGGUGUACUUAAAGUGAAGGCAAAGCAAGGACAUGGGGUUGAUGCACGUACAGUCCCAGUAUUGUGCGAAUACACUGAUGAGGAAGAGGAGCUGGCAUUGGUGUUUGACCAAACAAAAGGCAUUCAGCCGUCUUGGAGACAAGAGGGUCGAAAACAUCUCCAAACCAACUUCCCAGUUCCUCCCUCUGCAGACGCAGAAUUGCUUUCCUUUCCUGUAGAAAUUCAGAUAACAGCAGCUACUCCAACCCCAGAACAGGAUAAAGAGUCAAGAGAAUUGUUUCACCCUGAGGAACUGGAACCUACAGUAACACCCCAGGAUGAGGCUCCUCCGUCACCAAAUCACAAAUUUAUAUUUUCAUCAGAUAUUACUAAUGAGCCACCAAAAAUGUUACAAGAGAUGCCAAAGCAUACCAGGUAUAGAGAAGGGGAUUCCAUAGUAUUUGAAUGUGUAUUAUCUGGUGAGCCUAAACCAGUCGUGACAUGGUUUCAAAAUGGGCUCCUAUUAAAGCAGACCCAGAAGUUUCAACUUGAAGAAGUUAAUUUUAGCCACAGAUUAUAUAUUAAUGAUAUCAAUUAUCAAGAUUCUGGAGAAUAUAAAUGUGUUGCUCAAAACAGUUCAGGAACCGUUGAGAGUGUUUCAAAUCUGACCGUGGAACCAGUCACUUACAGGGGGUAUAGUCAUUUAGAAAAUACUGGUGGAAUUUAUACAAAAUAUUCCAGAGAUCAACAAAUUCAGGGAGAAUCUGUAAGGGCCCAUUUUUAUGAUUAUCCGCCUGGUCCUUUUACUCCCCAAUCCAAUAUAAAAGAACAUUCUGUAAGGGAAUAUUUUCAAAGCCUUGAGACAAUUGAACAGAUAGAUCAGAAAGAUCAGGUUCGUUGCACAUAUUCUAGAGAAAAAUUACCCAGAUUUAUGCAAGGUGCUUCUAGAGCCAUAAAAAUCAACAAGCCUGUCAGAGCCAAACUCAUGCAGUGUCAGGGUGAAGGGAGAGAGGGACACAUAGAUGAAAAAUCAAAGCUGUACCAAGCCAAGGGUGCUGUUUAUCCAUUUGUUGAUGAUUUCGGUGAAGUUAAAAGAAUUAGGAAAGAGGUAAAAAUUGAUUUCGGGAAAGUUGGUGAUGCAGAAAGGGAAAAUGUGCGAGAAUACACCCCAAGAGACUAUUUACCAAAUAUCCAGUCUGAGAGAGCUUCUGAUAGCUACAAUCCAAAAGAUUCAUCUCUCAUCAUAUAUGAAGAACCCCUUGAAGAGAGACACUACCCAAGGAAAAAUGUGAAGCAUAGAAUCAUUGCAUUUGAAAAGUUACAACAUGUAGAAAAAGGAGUUCUAGAAAAAAGACUUACCAGGAAAUCAUUUGUCAGUCCUCCUCAGAGGAAGCUUGAUGACAGAGACUUUCCUUUUAAGCAAAGAGAAUCAAGAUCAAGUAACCUAAAUGCAAAUAUAUAUCAGGCAGAGACAAUGUCUCCAGACACUGAACCAGAUUCAUCUGACAUUGUAAUGAAUUUAGAGCUGCUUUCUUCUCAAACGUAUAAGGAAUUUGAAGUACAAGAAGGGGAACAAGAGAAAGAAGUAGGUCUUAUAGAUCAAUCUGUAAUUUCUGGAAGGGCUGAACAGGAAGCACCCAUUACAUUUAACUUAAAGCCAUUCCACUCUCAAAUAGAAAAUGCAGAUCGAAAAUUCCAAGCAUUAGAUGGUGGUCAACCCGAAGAAGCUGGUUUUAAAAUCCAACAUCCUGCUUCUGAAAUAGCUGAUGCAGAGAACAUUGUAUUUGAUCUAAAACAAAUGUAUUCUCAUAUAGGAGAUCCAGCUAAGGAAUUCCAAGGGCCAGAAACUCUGCAACAGAAAACACCUUAUACAGAAGAAAUUGCCAGCACUGAAACAUCACAACCUGAGACACAAAAUACCUCUAAAAGUGUGCUGAAUAACAUUUUUACCAGUCCAGAAAUGUCUCCCAGCCAUGAAUUUUCAGAUAGGACUGUGAUGGAGAAGAGGCAUUUUGAUAAAAAUAUUCUUUCUUUGGAAAAACAUACACAAGAACAUAAUUUAGAAAUUUUAAAUCCUGAUAUUUCUCUUAAAUCCUUUUGCGAAGAAACCCAUAGAUCAUGGGCCCUACUUCAAACCUCAUCUCCUGAUGUAGGAGAAACUGAUAUUUCUGAGGAAAACAGUUCUCUAGAAAAUGGAGGUAGAAGUUUCAUUUCACAUUUGAAAAAAGCAGCAAGUGAGGAAAAGCUCUUAGAGGUCUGUGAAAAGGAAGAAGAACACACUUUAGAACCAGAGUCGGCAUCAUUUCAGAAGCAGGAUGGAAGGACACAGGGAUAUGUCACUGGAAUUUUGGGAGACCACAGAGGUUAUGUUCACCAGGCAGCCCCAUGCCACACAGAAGUGAGCCAGCACUUUCCAUUCUUAAUGACUGAGGAACAGCAGGAUCCAAAUGAACAAAUAAGGGAAAAAAUUGAUGCCUUUGGAAAAGAAAAAUGUAAUGAAGUUCAGGUUCAGAAUGAAACUUCUGUCUCCACUACUGAAGGAGAAGAGAUAGAAACUUGUUUUUCUGAAAAUCGUCCUAAAUCGGAUGAGGCACGUACAACAGAAGUAAUGGACUCUGAGACCUCUCUGACAAAAUAUUUACUUGCUGCUGGAAAGCACGAAGUUCCUCAAACGAAAGACGCCAAACACAAGGCAAACCUUCUCCAGAGUGAAUCAAUCACAUCAAUGGAGGUUGAAGAAGUAACUUUCAACACUGUGUAUGAAUAUUACAACCAACAACAGGAAUCAUUAGGUCGCCCAUUUUCCCCUGAAUCUGAUAUUUCGAUUGAUGUGGGAAGUAUAAGCAGUGCAGAAAUCUCAGAGUUAGAUCAGUUUUAUACCCCACCAUCCUCUGUUGAACAUUUUGAAACUCCAAAGUCUCCUGAUUUCUAUUUCACUCCUUCAGAUACAACUAAACAGUCUGCAACAAAUUCGGGAGGUGAGAAUGUGGGAAGAACUACACCUUUAGAGGAAGCUGCCGAAAGGUACUCCACACCUUCGGCAGGAGAGGUAGCAGAGAGAUACUCCACACCUCCAGGAGAGGCACUGGAGAGAUAUUCCACACCCCCAGGGGAGGCUCUAGAGAGAUAUUCUACACCCCCAGGAGAGGCACUGGAAAGAUAUUCUACACCCCCAGGGGAGACAAUGGAGAGAUAUUCUACACCUUUAGGAGGAGAAACAGUUGAAAGAUAUUCUAUUCCUACUGGAGGACCAAAUCCCACUGGAAACUUAAAAAGGUACCCAUCAAAAAUAGAAAGGGAAGACAGUACACCAAAUGAACGUUUCCAUACACCUACAGAAGAGAGGAGUUCAGCUAAUGAACUAUGGCGUUCCGAUUCAUUUGGCACGCCCAAUGAAGCCAUUGAACCAAAAGACAAUGAAAUGCCACCAUCUUUCAUUGAACCUCUGACCAAAAGGAGUGUAUAUGAAAACACAACAUUAGGCUUCAUUGUUGAAGUUGAGGGCAUUCCAGUUCCUGGUGUGAAAUGGUAUCGAAAUAAAUCUCUGCUAGAGCCAGAUGAAAGAAUCAAAAUAGAAAGGGUGGGUAAUGUGUGCUCUUUGGAAAUUUCUAACAUUCAAAAAGGAGAGAGGGGAGAGUACAUGUGCCAUGCCGUGAACAUCAUAGGGGAAGCAAAGAGCUUUGCAAAAGUAGACAUAGUGCCCCAAAAAGAAAGAGCAGUGGCCCUCCCACCUCCAGUAACACAUCAGCACAUUAUGGAGUUUGAACUGGAAAACACAACAUCAUCAAGAACUCCUUCUCCUCAAGAAAUUGUCCUGGAAGUUGAAUUAAGUGACAAAGACGUUAAAGAAUUUGAGAAGCAAGUGAAAAUAGUCACAGUUCCUGAAUUCACUCCUGAUCAUAAAAGCAUGAUUGUGAGUCUGGACGUUCUACCAUCAAAUUUAGCAGAUCCAAAUAUGGCCUCGAUGGAGGAAGAAGGCAAAGAUUUAAAAAUUGAUUUAGAAGUAUUUGAAAUGCCUCCUCGCUUUAUAAUGCCUAUUUGCGAUUUUAGAAUUCCAGAAAAUUCAGAUGCGGUGUUCAAAUGUUCAGUCAUAGGCAUCCCUAGCCCGGAAGUUAAAUGGUAUAAAGAAUAUAUGUGUAUUGAACAAGAUAAUGUCAAAUAUGUGGUCAGUGAGGAGAAUGGAAGUCACACCCUUACAAUUCUAAACGUCGGUCCAUCUGAUAGUGCGACAUACAGGUGCAGAGCUAUGAACCGCGUAGGAGAGGCUAUCUGCCGGGGAUUUCUCACCAUGGGAGAUUCUGAAAUGUUUGCUCUGACAACAAAGAAAAGCAAAGUGACUUUAAGCAGCUUGAAGGAAGAGUUAGUCUUAAAGAGCAAAUAUUCAGGCAGUUUUUUUGAAUUUCAGGUGGUGGAUGGGCCUCCCAGGUUUAUCAAAGGUAUCUCUGACUGUCACGCACCUUUAGGCACAGCAGCUUAUUUCCAGUGUUUAGUCCGUGGCUCUCCACGACCCACGGUUUACUGGUACAAAGAUGGGAGAUUGGUGCAAGGUUCACGGUUCAGUGCUGAGGAAAGUGGCAUAGGGUUCCAUAACCUGUUCAUAACGAACUUAGGAAAAGAUGACGAAGGCGAGUACAGGUGUGUGGCUACAAACGAGUCAGGAAUGGCAGAGACCUGUGCAGCCCUCACCCUAACUUAGUAUCUUGUGCAUAGUUUCAGUGCCUCCGUGUGAGGCGAACGUGAUAACCACUACACUACGGAAACUCAGUGCCUCCGUAAUGAUCAAAUUGAUUGAGUGCUGCCAUAUUUUCCAAAUUAUAUAGAUCCAAUAAAUUUCCAAAUAGGUCUACUUGAUUUGAAUUUGAUACAUUGAAAACCCCUGGGAAAACAGUCUCUCUCUGUAGAAAUCUCAUGUUUGUAGGACAUGUAAAUAUUCUGUGAUCUCAACUGUGGAACCAUCACUGUGUCAACUCUGCUGUGAAUCAUCAAACAUGAUUAAAUAUCUCCGUGGCUACCUAACUGUUUGUACCGCUGCUUUACCCUCGUUCCUCCUCCACAAAAGAGUUUCGGUAGAAUGCAUUCUCUUUUACUAUUACGUAAAGUAAAACGUAAGAUGGAAGACCGGGUCAGAUGACCACGCAGACAGGUUGUUAAGGUAAAUCUCCUCUCUGCUCUGAGUAUUAAGUCAUUUUUGAAAUUGUAACCCUUUUGUAUCCAAAUCCAGGCUUACUGACUUGGACUUAGAUAAAACAAAUAACAGAAGCCAGCCUCACCCAAUUGAUAACUAGUUCUCUAAUCUGUUUUACAUUGCAACCUUAAUAUAUUUGUUUGGCUCUUUUAAAAACAUUUUCAUUAUUAAUAUCCCUCUUCUUUGUAAAUGUUUUGACUAUUGCUGGUUUUGAAGGGACCAACAGUGCUUUCUUUUUGGAUGGAGUUAAUCUAGACAUUUGUACAUUUGCAAAAUAUGCGAAGAAAGAUCUUUCCACUUUUGGGAAUACCUCUUUUUCUCAAUUUUUAAAAUAUCAUCAAAUGUUAAAUGCAACAUUCACUUGAUAUUGACCUGGGGGAGAGAGGAAACUAUUUUAUUACGUUUAUAUAGAGAUUUUAUAUAGAGAUUUAUUACGUUUAUAUAGAGUCCAAUUUCAGAAUCUUUAACAUUAGAAAAUAGAAGGUGGGGCAUUUUUAUAUCCAGCAAUACAGUAAUUUAUAUCUCAGAUUAUAUGCAAAUAACAAGAUAAUAAGCUUUCCUAUCAUUUUUAAACUAACUAGAAAUUUUUAAAACUAAAUAGAAAUUUAAAAGCAUUCAAAUUUAAGAUAUAUGUGUCUCUAAGGUGACUUUGUUUUUCAAAAUUAUAAAAAAUUCACAAAACUCUUGACAAUGUAUCUGUGUAUCACUGUGAACCUAAAUCUUCUCACAUAAGAUGUAAUAAAUAUAAGACAAUUCAGUUUUCUUACCUAAAAAUGAGGACUUGGACCAAAAGACCUCAGAAAUAAUUGUUCAACUCUGCGAUUCUGUGUCAUCCUAAUAGUAACAUUUCUUAAUAUAAUUUAGGAUUAACUUUAGUUUUACAACAAAUGAUGAGAAAAUAAUAGAAUGUAGUAAUGAAGUUACGAAUCUUUCCUCCCUCCAACUCUGAAUUACUCUCUGUUACCUAACAGCUGGAUUUGUCCUCUGCAUCGAACUUUUAUGUACCAUGAUCAUAUUAGAGAUAUUGCUUUUAAUUAUAAUAACUUAAGCAAUUUAAAUUUAAUUUUCAAAAGAAUUCAUAUAUUCAAUUAUGUUUGUUUCUUUCAUCUAUCCGUUUUUUAUUCCCACAGUAGAAGUCCCUUAAAGCCUUCCCAAAUUCAAGAAGCAAUUGAGAAUGUGCAGAAUAGGGGCACCUGGGUGGCUCAGUGGGUUAAGCCGCUGCCUUCAGCUCAGGUCAUGAUCUCAGGGUCCUGGGAUCGAGUCCCGCAUUGGGCUCUCUGCUCAGCGGGGAGCCUGCUUCCCUCUCUCUCUGCCUGCCUCUCCGUCUACUUGUGAUCUCUCUCUGUCAAAUAAAUAAAUAAAAUCUAAAAAAAAAAAAAUUACAAAAAAAAAAAAAAAGAAUGUGCAGAAUAUAGAGCAGUCAGGAUUACACCCCUCCCCACCCUACCCCCCUAAAACAUCUGUUUUCCUGUCUUGAGUCACCAUAACUCAUCCAGAUAGAUAUACUAUUAUGGAACAAUCGUUUCUGUUUCAACCAGUGAGCACAUAAUAUCUGUGAUAAUAAGUAUAGAUAUAAUAUAUUGCAUCAUAAAUCCCUGAAAUAAAAUUAGUUCUAUAGUUUAGGGACUUAGGGAUUUAUUCUACUCUUAGUUACAAAAUGGACAUUUCAAUAAAUUAGAAAUUCAGGUCAUGACAAACAAGACAAUGGCUGGUGCAGGAAGGACGGAAGGAGACAAGGGAGGAAGGAAGAAGGGAAAAACCUUGUAAUGUCUUACUGAAUUUAGAGGAAGGAAGAGUUUGAUUUUGCUCAUUAGAAUUCUUAUAGGCUCUAAUGCAAUGAAUUGAGGAUAUUCAGAAUAACAAAUGACUGAAGGAAG